CUAGAAGGCUAUGAUAGUCAGUCCGUGCCAGAAGUACAUCAGACAAGCGACACAGCUCCGGCACACGCCCAUCACAUCAUCACACUCGCCUGACCACAGUGUUGGUGGAGAGCGGCAGGUGAGUACCCCGGGUGUGUCGCGUUACCCUCAUUAGGCGCUAAUAUGCUACUUCACCACGUGUCUCUCGCCAACGCCGUCCAAAAAGUUGCCUCCCUCGACAAAAGAGUUAUGUCGCAAAUCGACACAUCGGCCGCAUGCGGUCAAGAGCGAAGGGAGAUAAUGCAGCAAGCGCCCUCUGGCGACGGACUCGAGUCUGGCUUGGUGAUGGACAGUUGUGCAGGGCAUGGCCAGAGGGACAGCACUCCACAAUCACCUCCUCCUUCUCUUCUCUAUCCCAACCCCAUCACAUCCCUGCUUCAUCCCUCCCUCUUCUCCCCAUCAAUCGUAUGCCACAAAAGAAAAUUGAAAAAAAAAAUCUAAAAAUUUAUUUCUCCCACCCUCUUGUCCCUCCGCCAUCGAUUUCAUAAAUGGCAAAAAAUAGUUCCUUGAAGCAAAUGCCCUGAUUGUAUUUGUUGGAAAAGAGAUCAGCGAUUAGUUUUAUUAUUAAAAAAAAACUUUGCAGUCGUCUCCCAUUGGAAGAAUCCGCCAGCGGCGACAAAGUUGUCUGCCUUUUUCCUUUUUUAAAAGUCGACCAAUCAGAAGCGCAGCAACUGGUCAGUGACGUAGUACGAGCAGGCCCGGCCAGGUUGGAAUUGUGGGAUUGGUGCAGACGGGUAAUAGGGGUUGGGUUGGGGGGUUGGGUUGGAAGGGACGCAGAGUGGUUCUGCAUCGAACACGAACCCCAAGAAACUCUCGCUGUUCUCUCACUGGUCCGAAACUUCACGAGGCCAGGAAGGUGGGCUGGAGGGCAGGGAGGGAAAGGGAGGAGGACAAGGAAGGGGGAUGGCUGUCCAAUGCGUAUGCGCGACAGGCUGAAAAGGGGCGGGGGAGGAGGCCAUGAAUAAACAAUCCGUAUUGAUCAAGUCUCACGCCCCGGCAACAGAUCAUCAUCAAGUAUGGUCGUCUGCUGGAGCGUUCUCGGCCAUUAGUGUUGCUGAAUGAAAGAGAAAAGAAAAAAAAACCCUCAUGCAUACAUUGACUGGGGGAACGCUUUGACGAGGCCGCGCGUGCAAGUCAACGAAAGAAGGAAAGGUAAUUACUGUUGGAAGACUCACGAGUAUAACGGGAGAGCGAGAAGGAACGAGCGAGCGUGCAGGCGAGAGAGAACAAUGGCGACGAUGGGCAGUGCGCGCUAUAAAGACGCCAGUCACAUUUUCCUCCCAUCACAAGGCAAACUACUGGCAAAUGAGCUGGCAGCAGGCCGGGCCUGAUUAGCUUACAAUCAACUUUGGAUGUCGAAGGGACGGACAGGAGUGGGUGAUGAUGACUCUGUGAUGACCCCAGGUCGCAGAAUAUAGGUGGAACAUCGCAGGUCAUCCUGAUUGGAAGUUCAACAGUGUCCGCCACAUCCUGCAUGCAAGUAGUGGGCUCCAGCUCCAGCUUGGCCAACUCCGAGACAAUUAUUUAUUUAUUUAGGUGUUUGAUCUUCGAGGUGAGGUGCAGGACUAACUUUUUUUGGUGAUUUCCAGCCUGACCGUUAAUUACCAACCUCCGCAACGCCCCUUGCGAUGUAAGCAGAUUCUACGGAAGGACUUGUUGUUGGCUGAUCGGAUUGAAGAGUGUUUUUGUUGACCAGGACCGAGACAUCUCUGUUUAUCUCUCCGCCAUGUCGCGUUCGUUCUAUGUCGAUUCCCUCAUCGUCCAGAAGCCCCCGGUGACGUCACACAGCGUGGCAGCCUCGGUGGUGGCGUCCGUGACGUCCAACAGCGCCCUCUUACCUCACCACCACAUCGUCCACCAGGCGGCAGGCGGACCUCCGGGGCUGGCCUGCCACUUCCGCCACCCGUCCGACGUUCUGGCCCUCUGCUGCCCACUGUGCAUCCACCCAGGUACCCCGCCCACAGCGCUGCCCCCGCUACCACCUCCACCACCACCGCCACCGGCGUCCCACCAUCACCAUCACCACCACCACCACCCGUCUCUGUCGUUGGUGGGGAAGCCGGCCUCGCACUCCUCCCUCCCGCCGCCUCCCGUCGUGCCCAAGUCGCUGGUCACGGGACUGGCCGCGGCCACGUUCUCCGGGCAGUUCCAGCACCUGGACCUGGUGAGCUCCCAGUACCCGGGUAGCACCCAGCCCCACCCCAACACCGCGGUCCUGCACCGACAGCGACCCAGUCCUGCUGGUGCUGGUCGUCUGGUCCAGUCCGUCAGUCCACCUGUACUCUCGACAAAGCGGAGUGGAUGCCACGAUGUUGGUGCUGUCAACGGUCCUGCUGACGACCUGCCGAGCAGCAAGAGGAUUCGAACAGCCUUCACCAGCACGCAGCUGCUGGAGCUGGAGCGCGAGUUCGCGGCCAACAUGUAUCUGUCUCGCCUGCGGCGCAUCGAGAUCGCCACCUACCUCAACCUCUCCGAGAAGCAGGUCAAGAUCUGGUUCCAGAACCGCAGGGUCAAGUUCAAGAAAGAGGGCGAACCGGAAACACGUGACCGCUGCCGCUGUCUGCGCACGUGCACGGCUCGCCAAGACCGGAAGCGCCCCGCAGCCUCGCCGCCCAGUGACGAGCAUGCGCACGAAAGGAAGGGUCACGACCACCACGAUGGCUGCGACGACGACGAUGACGACGACGACGAGGAUGAGGAUGAGGACGGCGUGGUGAGCAAGCGGCUGAAGCUGUGUCGUCGGGAGAAGAACGAUACUUGCAGCAACGACAGAGCGGUGGACGACGCUGACGAUGCCGAUGACGACGACAGCGAUGAAAGGACGAGCAAAGACAGCGACGAUGAAAAUCGGAUCUGCUGAACCAUUUACUUUUAUUUUUCGUCGCCCCUAUCCUCCCCCAACUGUUAUUUUUUUUUAACAAAUGCAUUGGAAUGACCUUUGACACAACAUGGCGGCCUGGCUUCAGAACUAUCUGCUAAUGGUUGCUGAUUAUUAUUUAUUAUUUUUUAGGCUCGUAUAUAGAGCAUUGCGUCGCAUGACAGCAAGCUUCCUGCGCUUGACAAGAGAGAGAGAGAGAGAAAGACAGAAAAGGCAUUGAAUGUGAGAAUUAAAAUAAUUAUGAUAAAGUGGAGUGAAAACACAACGGCUGCCCCGAGUCUGGUGUGAUUUUGAUGAUUUUUUCCCCCACAGUUCAAAGGUCAGAGUUGAAAGGUCAGAACUGUGUACUAUAAAAUUGCGACGACUGCUGACCACAAGCCUAGAGAAGGAAAAGGUUGAUGUCAAAUAUAAUAAUUGUAAUCCUCACAGGUUCUUCUCUCUCAACCAAACAGAAAACGAGCUUCUGUUUAUGUUCUGAUCUUUGCGUUUGUGUAGCACUACUGUUUGAUAGUAUAGCUAUUAUAUAACAAACAUUACUGGACAUGUCACGUGGUUUAAAAACCGCAGCAUUUUCUUCUUUAGCAAAAUACCGAAGAUACGAACCCACGACACGGGUUGUUACAACACAGACCUGCUUCUCAUCUGUCUACCUUGCUUUGAGUUUGAAAAAACGUUUGAAAGUGGAUUUUGUGACUGCGUGUGUGAGACAAUUUAUUAUUAUUUACUUGGGUGGGAGACAGAGAGAGAGAGAGAGAGAGAGAGCGACAGCGAGAGAGCGAGAGCGAGAGGAAUAGAAAAGAUCAGAAGACGAGAUAAAUACACGUGAAGACUAAAGACAAGCAAUGAUAAUAUUAACAAACUGAUAUUAACGGGGCACUCCUCUUUAUAUUCGUCGAUUUUUAACGUCCAAACAAGUGUAUCGCGUCGUUGCCCAGGUAACAGUUUGUCUGAAAAGUGCCUGACACAGCAGACGACAUUCUUCACUCCGUUACCUGCACAUACUUUUAUUUAUUAUACAUACAUAUCUACUCCUUAACGUGUUGUUGCCUUGUGUCAUGCCCACGCGUGGUUGAGGGGUGAAGGGUACUGUGUACAGAUUUUCUACUGAUAUUGACUGAUGUAAUAAUAAUUACAGACUUGCAACGAAUGUGCAAUACUCAUUGUAAUACUGUACAGUAUGAAUCAGCUGCAGGUCACGACUGUGCAGUUGUGUGCAUGACUGUAUCUAUUUUUAUAUAUCUGGAUGUUUUCUUUUGUACAUGAAAAUUAUUUUUCAUGAUGAGAUGGCCAGGGACAAGAAGAAUGAGAAGGAAAGAGUGUGAGUGACUGAGUGAAUAAAUCAGCAAGGGAAGAAGUGAUGUCCGCUGCUUUUAUUGCGGAUGAAUAACGAUUUUAUGUGAAGUAUAUACACCGGAAUGUCACGUGACUGUAUUUUUUCCCCACCAGUUCCAAGCUGCAUAAUAUACUGACUCAAUUUUUUCUGCUCCUUUUUGUCUCAGAACUCAGUUUGUUUGUUUGUUGUUUAUAUAUUAAAAGUUUGAGAUGAUCUCAGCUGUCAAGGGAGUAUACCAAGUGCCUUACAUCCGGUGAUGUUCUGAAUGUCACUUGAACA